CAACAAUCUCAUAGCGUGUUUCGAUAUCCAUCCUCGAAACAGUUUCGAGGUUUUACCUCCUUUUACCAUCUUUCAGCUUUUCUCUAUUGAUUGUGAUGUAGUAAGUUUGACUCUACAAGUUUGCUCCGUGUCGUAUUUUAUGUGUUUUUCGAGGAAACGAACAGUUUCAACGAGUAUGAGAAAACAGUGACACACAGGAUUUCUCUGAGAUGAGUUACGAUUACGAAGCUAUCUACAGAGCGGUGAAUGUUCAAACUGUCAUUUAGUCUAAAAUUCGAAAGAGCAGCGUGGAUAGCAAGGAUAGCAUAAGAAAUGUAUGUUGAAAUAUCGUUUCGUUAAAUUAGUAUAAACUAGAAACUGGGUUAUCCACAUAUACACAACUUAUAUGUAUCUAAAUCUAACGUCAGAUGGGGCGUUUACAAAGUGCCAAUGUCCUGUAGGAGAAAUAAAGGAAGCUAAACGCUCUUUCGAGUUCUUACUGACUACAAGAACUUGUUUUUCUAGCUCACACUGUCUUCUAUUUAUGUGGGAAGAUGUUAUGGGUCAUGAAUAUUUUCUCUAACACAGAAAAAUAUUUUAGUAUGACCCCUUUAUUAAAUUUUAAGGAUCUUUAGAUCACUUUUUUUCCAUCUCGGGUGUUCGUAAAGUGUCACUGUUGUUCUCUUACUGAUUUUGUACUCUGUUGUAAUCUGUUAACAAAUGAGAAAGAUUCCAAUCAGACUAUGUUUCUUGAUUAUAAAGAGUACAUUUCAAGAUAUUGAUGUAUUAAAUUUGUUUUGUUUAUAAUUUGUUUGAGGGAACCCCUUUCCAUGUGAAUUUUUGUGCCAAAAAAACAAUAAUAACAAACGUUUUGUGCAAAGGAAGAGAAAAGCCAUUGAAAACGCAAAAGGAGACUGUGUGAAGAACAAUUCAGGAUUUCAAUGUGUCUUGUUUGCAUAUGCAGAACAUUCUUGAGUAGUUGAAGUAAACAUAACUUUAAAGUGGCUCAGUUUCACAAGAACGAAAUAAAUAUUGUACUGAAUCUACCUGAGCGAUCACUCAAACGACGAGCGGCCACGCCAUUGUGGUGUAAAAUGUUUCGGUCGUGUUCAAGUUUCUUACAGCGGUUUUCGUCCAGGUUGAAAGUUCAGCCAGACAACGACGAUCAUCCACGACAGAAGGAAAGUGUCAAGAAGCUAAUAUCUUCACCCCAUGAACAAAGUUCCAGGCCUCCUAGCGUCGAAGACGAUGAUGAGGGACAUCUGAUCUAUCGUCAUGGAGACAUCCUGAGAGAUCGAUAUAAAGUAAUCAACACUUUGGGAGAAGGAACGUUCGGCAAAGUUGUCAAGGUUGUGGACAGUAGAAAUGAGAAAGCAGUAGCUUUGAAGAUUAUAAAAAAUGUAGAGAAGUACAGAGAGGCUGCAAAACUGGAAAUCAACGUGCUUGAGAAAUUAGCAGAAGCUGACCCUGAAAGUAGAAGGUUAUGGGUCAUCAUGCUGGAUUGGUUUGACUACCAUGGACACAUGUGUAUAACAUUUGAAAUGCUAGGACUUAGCGUGUUUGACUUUCAGAAAGAGAACAACUACCAACCUUAUCCAAUGGAACAAGUCCAACAUAUCAGUUACCAAAUGUGCUAUGCUGUCAAAUUCUUGCACGACAACAGACUCACUCAUACAGAUUUGAAGCCAGAAAACAUUUUAUUUCUAAAUUCAGACUAUGAUGUCAGCUACCAUACGAAAAAAAAACGAGAGAUACGUCGAGUACGAGACACCCGCAUCAAACUGAUUGAUUUUGGGUCAGCUACAUUCGAUCACGAGCAUCAUAGCACCGUGGUUUCAACCAGGCAUUAUCGUGCCCCAGAAGUAAUCCUUGAAUUAGGUUGGGCUCAGCCUUGUGAUGUCUGGAGCAUGGGCUGUAUCCUGUUUGAACUCUAUUUGGGAAUUACCCUGUUUCAGACUCAUGACAACCAAGAACAUCUAGCAAUGAUGGAGAGAAUACUUGGACCACUCCCAUAUCGCAUGUGCCGGAAAACAAAAACCAAGUACUUCUACCAUGGAAGACUUGAUUGGGACGACAAAAGUGCAGCUGGUAGAUAUGUCCGAGAAAACUGCAAACCUCUGAAGCGAUACAUCCCGAUGAUAGAUGAAGAUCAUAGAAACUUGUUUGACAUUGUCUUCAGGAUGUUAGACUAUGAACCAUCUCAAAGAAUCACUUUAGCAGAAGCUCUUGACCAUCCAUUUUUUGCCAAGUUACCAGCAGAGCUGCUUUUACAUAAACAAGAUCAAAGGUCUAGCAGUCUAUCAAUGGAGGUAAAAAGUGGAUUACGAGAGCGUUCUCACAGCCUUAGUAGAUGAAGUGAUGACAUGUUCAACAAAACCCAAAAGUUGUCAGUAAUUUGUUUUUUUUAGUAUAAUAAGACAGCCAAUUUUGGUGUUUCAAUUAGAUGAUCUAUUUUAUUCAGAAAAAAAGGGUUUUGAAGCUGUUUUGGCACUUCCCAUGUUUAUUUUACAUCUUUAUCAUAAAUAAUGUGUGACUUAGUUAAUUUUCAAAGUUUAAAAAGCAUGGAUGUUAGUUCCAUCAUUGCAUCAUUCUUAAACCCACAACCCCCAAAACAUUUCCAUUUCAUAACAAAUUGACAGAGAAUCAUGUCAGGUUGGUCUGCAUGCAUCAUGUACAGUGUUUAUAAGAGUGUACAAAGCUAUUUUUUAGAUAUAGGUGUUUAUAUAUAGAUACAUAGUAAUAUUAUGUAACAUACUAACUUGCUUAUGGUUUUGUUUUCUAUUCUACUAAAAUAAAACAUGCUGUUACUUA